AUUCUGUCCAACACUUGUUAAAUGCGCAAGUAUAAGGUUUGUCAGACCAUAGAGAAAGAAUUGGGUAAAUCAAUGGAAGAUCUCUUCAAGUAUUUUGACAAAAAUCCUUUGGCAACAGCAUCAAUUGCACAAGUCCACCAUGCCAAGCUGAGUGAUGAGCAGGAUGUGGUUGUCAAAGUUCAACAUCAGGGCAUCAAGAAAAUUAUCUUAGAGGACUUGAAGGAUGCAAAAUCGAUUGUUGACUUGAUAGCUUGGGCAGAACCGCUGUAUGACUUCAAUCCUAUUUUAGAUGAAUGGUGCCGAGAAGCUCCAAAAGAACUUGACUUCAAUCUUGAAGCUGAAAAUACCAGAACUGUGUUUAGAAAUCUUGGCUGCAAAAACAUAUGCGAAGAUAACAAGCCAGUCAAUAAAGUGGAUGUUCUUCUUCCGGAAGUUAUUCAGUCAACAGAAGCCGUCCUCAUUUUAGAGUAUAUGGAUGGAAUACGUAUAAAUGACUAUGAAUCUCUGGAAGCUUUUGGUGUUGACAAGCAGAAGAUUGUAGAAGAAAUUACACGUGCAUAUGCCCACCAAAUUUAUAUUGAUGGAUUUUUCAAUGGGGACCCUCAUCCUGGAAAUUUCCUUGUUAGCAAGGAGGCUCCUCAUCGUCCAAUUUUACUCGACUUUGGGCUCACAAAGAAAGUUUCAUGCUCUAUGAGACAAGGACUAGCAAAAAUGUUGUUAGCAGCUGCUGAGGGGGACCAUGCAGCUCUUCUGUCUGCCAUGGCAGAAGUGGGACUCAAGCUGUGUCUAGACCUGCCUGAGCAGGCUAUGGAGGUUACAACUUUAUUUUUCCGUGAUUCCACACCAACAGAUGAAGCUGAAGAUACCAUGAAAAUUGUUGCUGAGCAAAAGAUAAAAAGCAUGAAGUUUAUACAGGAAAAGAUGAAAUUUAGCCCAAAAGAAAUUAAACGCUUUAAUCCUUUCGACGCCUUUCCUGGUGAAUUUGUAAUGUUUUCAAAAGUCCUUACUCUUCUUAGAGGUAUGGCAAUGAGGCCUCCAUUCCUUACCUUGUGUUAGACAAAUGUGCAUUUUUAUCUCUAUUGGAUAAAUACACCCAUGAUGAAGGGGUGUGAGAAGUGGAAACUGCCAAAGGCAGUUUCUCACGAACCGUUCCUAUAUAAAAGGAAGGUUUUUUCUUUUAGAAAAAGGUUACUCACUACAACACACACAAAAAUGCAAAGGAAAAGACGCUCUCUCUCUAGAAUUUGGAAAAGAGAAAUUCACUUUGUGGUUUUCUUCCAUAUUAACUUUAUUGCUUCAGAGAUAAGGAAAAGAGGUAUUUAUGCUGUGUAAAUUCAUUGUAGUUCAUUUAUAUACAAAUGUGAUUGCAAUGGUGACUAUGAUCUUG